GCGGGGGACGGACCCGGGCCCGGGGCCGAGGAAGAGCACGCCACCGCGCCCUCUCCCCCUCCCUCUCCUGCGCGCUCCGGCCGCCGGCCCGCGCCGCUCGCCUCACCCACCGCACCGGGUUCCGCCUGGAGCGGGAGGAGGCCCCGGGCCCGAGCCGGGGCGGAGGUCUGCCCUGCCGCCCGGGCGUCCGGGAGCGGGGGAUUCGCCGUGGAGUACCGAGCCCCGGCUGGCGGCGCCCGCGGCCCCGCGAGCGCCGGCUGCGCCAGACUGUGGCCUGAUGGACGCUUGGUGUGGAUGAUGAAGCAAGAACGCACCUCCCGCACCCGAGAGGUGAGCCCGGAGCGAGCCCCGGAUGACCCCACGAGCCGGAACGAUGCGGCUGGCCUGCAUGUUCUCAUCCAUCCUGCUGUUUGGAGCCGCAGGUCUCCUGCUCUUCAUCAGCCUGCAGGACCCCACGGAGCUCUCCCCUCAGCAGGUGCCAGGAAUAAAGUUCAGCAUCAGGCCACAGCAGCCCUACAACGAUCUCCCACCAGGCAGUUCCCAGGAUGGUGACUUGAAGUCACCUACGGAGAAGGUCACCCGAGAUUUGUCCAGCCAAGCCCCAAAAGGCCUCAACCUGCUGGUACCUGACCGUCCUCAAGCCCCCCUAAACAUGGGGGCCCGUCUGCGACCCCGGCAGCGUCGGCGACGGCUGCUUAUCAAGAAAACGCCCGCUGCGGCAGCAGCCGUCCCGGCCAACAGCUCAGCCGGUGCCUUUGUGCGGCCGGCGCCCUGGGCCGCGGACGGCCACUGGGUCACCCUGCACCGGAGCCAGCAGGAGCGCAAGCGGGUGAUGCGAGAGGCGUGCGCCAAGUACCGCGCGAGCAGCAGCCGCAGGGCGGUCACGCCCCGACACGUGUCCCGCAUCUUCGUGGAAGACCGCCACCGCGUGCUGUACUGCGAGGUGCCCAAGGCGGGCUGCUCCAACUGGAAGCGGGUGCUCAUGGUGAUGGCCGGGCUGGCCUCCUCCACCGCCGACAUCCAGCACGACACCGUGCACUACGGCAGCGCCCUCAGGCGGCUGGACACCUUCGACCGCCAGGGCAUCCUUCACCGCCUCAGCACCUACACCAAGAUGCUCUUUGUCCGCGAGCCCUUCGAGAGGCUGGUCUCCGCCUUCCGCGACAAGUUCGAGCAUCCCAAUAGCUACUACCACCCUGUCUUCGGCAAGGCCAUCCUGGCCCGCUACCGGGCCAAUGCCUCUCGCGAGGCGCUGCGGACGGGCUCCGGCGUGCGGUUCCCCGAGUUCGCCCAGUACCUGCUGGACGUGCACCGGCCCGUGGGCAUGGACAUCCACUGGGACCACGUCAGCCGGCUCUGCAGCCCCUGCCUCAUCGACUAUGACUUUGUGGGCAAGUUUGAGAGCAUGGAGGAGGAUGCCAACUUCUUCCUGAGCCUCAUCCGGGCGCCGCGGAACCUGACCUUCCCGCAGUUCAAAGACCGGCACUCGCAGGAGGCGCGGACCACAGCACAGAUCACCCACCAGUACUUCACCCAGCUCUCGGCCCUGCAGAGACAGCGCACCUACGACUUCUACUACAUGGACUACCUGAUGUUCAACUACUCCAAGCCCUUUGCCGACCUGUACUGAUGGGCGGGGCCCGCUGGCCAUGAGCGGCCGGCCCCACCCACUCACCUGUCUGCAGAGGCAUCCACUCUCCGUGGUCCCUUACCCGAGAGCUGAGACGUACCCAGAGCAACAGGGCUCAGGGGAUGUGAGGGGCCGUGGCUGCUCCGUGCCGCUGGCCCGAAGUGGAAGACAGAGGCCCGAGCCUUGGAUGGGGACUUUGGCCUUUGUUCCAUACCCACUUCCUCACUCCUCAGCUGCGGGAGAGGCCAGGGGCCGAGCAGGACCUCAGGAGUCCCAGCUGCAUAUACCCAGUUCAGCCAAGAGUCAGGAUGACCAGGGAAUUCUGAGGCCCAGAGGAGGAGGGCCCCAGGGGUAAGGGAUUUCCUGCAGUCCCUUAGCCAUUGCCUUGUACCAAACCACGUGGUUUGCAGCUUUUCUAUGACCCAGGGGGGAGGUUCCCUUGGAAUGAGGUUCCAAAUAAAGCACAUGGUUUCCAGAGUA